AGUUUUGACAGAUUUCUGAAAUCUGAAUGAUAUUGUUUGCAGUUUGAAUUUCUUGAUAAUUCUAAAUAAAACCCUCAUUAGUGUAUAUUUAACAAUUUCACGUUUGUCAGUCGAAGUCUAAGAUUAAAAUUAUGUGAAGCUGUAAUAAAAUAGCGUAUUUAAAUCUCAACACAUUUCUUAGUGGUAGGACGUAGUGUUGUUAAAUUAUCAUGUCUCUGGAAUUAGAUGUUUUAUAAAUAUUGUGAUUGUGGUCUUAAUAUAGCGAGUGAACAUUGAAGUUUGUGUCACAGUUACAAUAAACUACAGUUGAAGGAAAUCUAAUCGAAAAAUGAAUUUUGUUUUUUCCGAGGGUGUUUGUUUACGUUCUGUUUAACUGCUACCAAUUGCCAAUAAAACAUAUUUAUAGAUAAAGGAAUGUCGGUAACGUAGUGAUGUCAACUGCUGCAGAGGCGCUGCCAGCGUCGCCAGAUGCUUCACUGACACCAAAGACAAACAAACAUAUGGUACAUUGGUUCAGAAAGGGUCUCCGACUUCACGACAAUCCGGCGUUAAGGGAGGGCCUCAUCGAUGCGUCGACCUUUCGCUGUGUCUUCAUCAUUGACCCUUGGUUCGCGAGUUCGUCAAAUGUCGGUAUUAAUAAAUGGAGAUUCCUCCUACAAUGCCUCGGUGAUUUGGACAAUAGUUUGAGGAAAUUGAAUUCCCGAUUGUUCGUGGUACGCGGUCAGCCGGCGGAUGCAUUGCCGAAAUUAUUUCAAGAAUGGGGCACCACCUCGUUGACGUUCGAGGAGGACCCGGAGCCAUAUGGCCGGGUGCGGGACCAUAAUAUAACAACGAAGUGCCGGGAAGUCGGGAUAAAUGUGCUGUCGCGGGCGUCUCAUACCCUGUACAAACUUGACAGCAUCAUUGAAAGGAAUGGUGGCAAGGCUCCACUCACAUAUCACCAAUUUCAAGCGCUGAUAGCGAGUAUGCCCGCCCCGCCGCCUUCAGAAACCGCCAUAACCCUGGAAUCCAUAAAUGGCGCUACAACACCGCUAUCGGCUGAUCAUGAUGAGCGCUUUGGAGUUCCAACGCUGGAGGAGCUUGGUUUUGAAACCGAUGGUCUGAAGGCGCCAGUCUGGAUUGGUGGUGAGACCGAGGCUUUGGCGCGUUUAGAGAGACAUUUGGAGAGGAAGGCGUGGGUCGCCUCAUUUGGGAGACCCAAAAUGACCCCACAAUCCUUGUUGGCGAGUCAGACUGGUCUGUCACCGUAUUUGAGAUUCGGUUGUCUAUCAACGCGUCUCUUUUAUUACCAACUUACCGAUUUGUAUGAGAGGAUUAAAAGGGUCAGACCUCCGCUGUCUUUGCAUGGACAAAUACUGUGGAGGGAGUUUUUCUAUUGCGCCGCAACGCGCAACCCUAAUUUUGAUAGAAUGGUUGGAAAUCCAAUUUGCGUACAGAUACCGUGGGAAAAAAACCAGGAAGCACUGGCUAAAUGGGCCAAUGGUCAAACAGGGUUUCCGUGGAUUGAUGCGAUAAUGAUACAGUUGAGGGAGGAAGGCUGGAUCCAUCAUUUGGCAAGACAUGCCGUGGCGUGUUUUCUCACUCGUGGUGAUCUUUGGAUUUCAUGGGAGGAAGGAAUGAAGGUCUUUGACGAAUUACUUUUGGAUGCGGACUGGUCAGUCAAUGCUGGCAUGUGGAUGUGGUUGUCCUGUUCAUCGUUCUUCCAACAAUUCUUCCACUGCUCCUGUCCGGUUCGAUUCGGACGAAAAACUGAUCCGAAUGGAGAUUUUAUAAGGAAAUAUAUUCCCGCGUUAAAAAAUAUGCCGACACGAUACAUACACGAGCCAUGGAUGGCGCCAUCUAGCGUCCAGAAGGCGGCGAAGUGCGUCGUAGGGAGGGAUUACCCCAUGCCCAUAGUUGAUCAUUCCAAGGCCUCGCAGGUCAAUAUUGAGAGGAUCAAACAGGUGUAUGCACAGCUGGCGAAGUUUAAACCUCAAGGGGUUCUGAAUCCUCAAAUCGUUCAACGUCCGAAUGUUAUGCAGUCAUCUCCGAGUCCCACAUCAAUAAUCGCCAGUAUCAAUCAGUCAAAUUUCCUGUGCAAUACCACCCCUGAAGGGCAGAACUCCAACCCUCCGAACGCACAGCGGGAGAAGGAUGACAUAUUCAUCCGUCCAACUAGUUAUAUUCGUCCCAUAUCGGAUAACUCGAAGUCUCUAUUCAAGCAAGUUGUGUUAGUGCAACAACAAAAGUCAACAAAAAUAUACCAACAGCCCCUAAGCCGACCCAAGGAACAUUUUGUUAUGAACGGUGAACUGAAUAUAGCUUACAAAGAAAAAAUAGAAAAUGACUUCAAAAAAGAAAAGGAAUAUGAUCCUACGGAUACAGAGAAGUACAAUGCUAUGAACAAUAUGGAAGGGAAUUAUAUAGAUGAAUAUGAUUUAAAGCAAGGAGAUAUGGACGAUGAUAAUGGAAAAAUACAUCAAAUGGUUAUCAAUAGUAAUAGACAGGUUCUUGGUUUACCCGAGGAUAGUGCUGAGUCAAACAAAAAUUGAGAACCGUCGAUUCUGUGCGGAACUGUCAAAUGUCAGUUGAUAGUUGGAGUUUAUAAACUGUCAUGUUUAUUGACAAAUGGCAAUUUUGAAACUGGUGUUAUCUGUCAAAUAUCAUUGAAUUUUGAGAGAUUAAAACUAGAGUUAUGAAAACUGUCAAAUUCCAUAGAAAUUUAUCAGUUUUAAACAAUUAUUAAUAUUGUAAUAUAUUUCGAAAAGAACUUUGUGCAAUUUAUUAUGUAAAACCUGAAUAAAAAAAGGA